AUUUUAUACUUCUUACUUGAAGAAUAUAUUGAGCAUUUUAUCAAUUUGUUUGCUUUUUCUUGUUUAGGGUUUCAGUUUUUGUGUGUGUUUAAGUUGGAUUUGCGAUGGGAACUGUGGUUGGAACUGUUGAGGACCGCAGAGAUAUGUUUGAGGGCAGUGCUCAGACAAUGAUCACACCGUUUUCUUCAACAAAUCAAAUUGGAAAUCCUGUUGCAUACAAGCUUGUCCGGGUUUCAGGAGAUGGGAGUCUAGUGCCUGCAACCGAUGAAGAAAUUUUGGAGGUCAAUGAGACGGAUAUGCAUAUUGCAUCAGAUGCAUGUCAGACUGUAGGCUACCUUGCAACCGAUGAAGAAAUUUCGGAGAUCAAUGAGACGGUUAUGCAUAUUGCAUCAGAUGCUUGUCAGACUGUAGGCUACCUUCCAGCUGACGGGAUACCUUCUCGGUUGUCCCGGCUUGAAAGUUCAAAAGCUAUCAAUUCAGGUUUAUUGCAGUCCGAUAAUGUGCAACCAUACACAGACCAGGUAAAGUCUCGACCUGAGUCCAAUGAGGAGAUGUUGCAAAAGGUUGAACAGGAAGAGAGGCUUGGCAAUGUACAUGAAUCUCAGAUACCUUCUACUCCUCCAGAUGCCAAUAUCCAGUGUUCUAGUGAAAACAACUUUUUUGAGGAGGAUCAAGACCACCAUGAAGAUUUGCUGCAAGAACCCAUACCUUUCUCAUCGAAUGUUCAGAAUGAAUGCGAUAUGAAUCAAUCUGAUAAGAUUGAACCAUGCUCAAACGCAGAAGCUAGUCCAAAAGAAACUGCAUUGUCUGAUGCUGCCCAAAAACCUGAUUUUUCUAGAGUUAGAGGCGAGAUAUGCUUGGAUAAUUUACCGAUUAAAGCACUGCAAGAAACAUUCAGGGCAACGUUUGGCCGUGAGACGACUGUUAAGGACAAGACGUGGCUCAAAAGGAGGAUUACAAUGGGACUUAUUAAUUCUUGUGAUGUUCCAACAACUAACCUGAGAGUAAAAGAUAACAAGUUAGUUGGAAAUCAAGAGAAGUCCAAUAAUGGGACUAAUGCCAUUAGCAAUGUUAUGGGUGAUGACGUAAGAGCUACUAAAGUGAAAGAUGCACCAUCGAGUACUGAUCAUGUGAAUGGACAUUCAAAUGCUUCUGGCAAUAUCCUCGGUGGCAACCACUAUUACGCUAGUGAUGAUUAUUCCAGUGAACAGAGGGCUGCAAAACGAGUUAGGAAGCCUACACGAAGAUACAUUGAAGAACUUUCAGAAACAGAUGAAAAACAGCAAAAUGACAAGUCAAUGAUUCAUUCUAAAGAUCAGAGGUUGUCCGCCGAAAAAUCUGAGGUCAGGUCUAUCAGUGUCUCCUCGGGGAAGAGAGUUACCGUCACCAGGAUGGUAUCCCUUGCUGGAUCUGAAAUUGAGGUUCCUUAUGUUUCUCAUGUCCGGAGAAGCCGCCCAAGAGAGAACAUUAUGGCUCUUAUGGGAUGUCAUUCCAGUUGCUUGGAAGAUAAAGCUAGUGCAACAGAGAGGAACCUCAAUCUGAGUCCAUCUCAGUUAAGCAGUGAUGUUGUGAACCGAGAUUCGGUGGAAAUGUCUGCUUCUCGACCGGUCCAAAAAGAAUUUGCUACAAGUGACGAUAACAAUGAGGAGCAUAUUAUCUCUGAGGUUGAUCAAGACAUGGAGCCAGAGCACACAGAGUCAUCUGGAAAUAGCUCGGAUGACAAUAAUAACAUUGGCGUGCCAAUCAUGCAAGGUGGUACACUUAGAAGGAAGCAUCAUCGAGCUUGGACUCUGUCUGAGGUUACAAAACUAGUUGAGGGUGUAUCAAAAUAUGGAGCCGGGAAGUGGUCUGAAAUCAAAAAGCAUUCCUUUUCAUCAUACUCAUAUCGUACCUCUGUAGAUCUUAAGGACAAAUGGCGUAAUCUUCUGAAAUCAAGCUUUGCUCAGAGUCCCUCACACAGCACGGGAAAUCUCAAGAAACAUGGGUCAAUGCAUAUUCCUACGCAGAUUCUGUUACGGGUAAGGGAGCUCGCGGAGAAGCAAUCUCAGAUUAAAGAGAUUGAAGCCGAGAUGGCUCGGACACAGAAAAAUAAAGCUACAGAGUAUCAUCUUGGUCAGCUCAAGGCAAAGAUUGCAAAGCUCAGAACACAACUCUUAGAGCCUCCAAAAGGUUCUAGUGGAGGUGGGGAUGGUUUUGAAGUUACAAAGUAUGGUCAUGGACGUGUUGCACUUAUAGGCUUUCCAAGUGUUGGAAAGUCCACGCUUUUGACAAUGUUAACCGGCACACAUUCUGAAGCAGCCUCAUAUGAAUUUACAACGCUUACAUGCAUCCCUGGAGUAAUUCACUACAAUGACACCAAAAUUCAGUUGCUUGAUCUUCCUGGAAUUAUUGAAGGUGCUUCAGAAGGAAAGGGACGAGGGAGGCAGGUUAUUGCUGUUGCAAAGUCUUCAGACCUUGUGUUGAUGGUUCUUGAUGCCUCAAAAAGUCAAGGUCACAGACAAAUACUGACUAAGGAGCUUGAAGCAGUGGGUCUGCGUCUAAACAAAAGACCUCCACAGAUAUACUUUAAGAAGAAGAAGACUGGUGGGAUUUCUUUUAACACUACCGCACCCUUGACUCGCAUUGAUGAGAAGCUCUGUUAUCAAAUUCUGCAUGAAUACAAGAUUCACAAUGCUGAGGUUCUAUUUCGUGAGGAUGCUACGGUAGAUGACUUUAUUGAUGUCAUUGAAGGCAACCGCAAAUACAUCAAGUGUGUAUAUGUCUACAACAAAAUAGAUGUUGUUGGAAUCGAUGACCUAAACUUAGACAGACUACUUGCAAGAAUGUGGGACGAAAUGGGACUUGUUAGAGUUUACUCAAAGCCUCAAAGCCAGCAACCAGAUUUCGAUGAACCCUUUGUCCUCUCAGCUGAUAGAGGUGGCUGCACAGUUGAAGAUUUCUGUAACCACGUCCAUAGGACUCUGGUGAAGGAUAUGAAGUAUGCACUGGUUUGGGGCACAAGCGCUAGGCACUACCCUCAACAUUGUGGUCUUUCUCAUCAUCUUGAGGAUGAAGAUGUUGUUCAAAUCGUCAAGAAGAAGGUGAGAGAAGAAGGAGGAAGGGGACGGUUCAAGUCACACUCAAACGCGCCCGCUAGAAUUGCAGACCGAGAGAAGAAAGCUCCACUAAAGCAAUAAGACAGUUCCUCAUCCUGAAUUAUCUCAAGUAAGACAGACCUCAUGUGUAUUAGAACCAUAACUAGAAGAAUAAAUGGAAAGUAAAAGU